CAUUCAUUCAGCAACGUCAACGACUCUUCGAUAUUUUCAAAAUCUCAGCCGGCUUUCAGCAUUUUCACGAGCAGCCGAUGAUUGGCCAUAAAUCUCGAAUUUCUCAAAUUACCCCACCGCCCAUUCCUCUAUCCUACACAUUCAUACACACCUUCAACGUAUGCAAAUAGGUCGGUAGCAAUUUCCAUUGCUUUAUCAACUUCCUCUUACUCCCUAUUCCCUCAUUUCCAAUCUGAAUAUGGAGUUGAAACCUGGAUUAUCGGCUUUCGUCACCGGUGGAGCUUCUGGAAUUGGUAAAGCGCUCUGCCUAGCUCUGGGAGAGAAGGGAGUAUUUGUGACUGUUGUUGAUGUUUCUGAAGAGAAGGGACAAGAAACUGUAUCUAUUAUCCAACAAAAGAAUGCCAAGCUUCACCCUAAGUUAGAGGCUCCUCCUGCAAUAUUCGUAAGAUGUGAUGUUACCAACAGAAAUGACGUACAGAAGGCUUUUAGCAAGCAUCUAGCAACAUAUGGAGGAUUAGACAUCUGUAUCAAUAGUGCUGGAAUUGGCAGCAAAAUAGUAUUUCAUAAGGAUCAAACUGAUGGUGCUCAUACAUGGAGACAUGUUAUUGAUGUGAACUUACUUUCUGUCAUAGCAUGCACUCAACUUGCGAUAAGGACUAUGGAAUCAAUGAAAAGACCUGGUGUGAUAAUCAACCUAGGUUCUGCUUCAGGUCUUUAUCCAUUAUCCAUAGACCCAGCAUAUACUGCGUCAAAAGGUGGUGUUGUUAUGUUUACUAGAUCACUUUCGCCAUACAAACGCAAGGGGAUUCGGAUCAAUGUACUUUGUCCGGAGUUUGUGAAAACAGAGCUGGCUUCAAAUGUUGUUGGUGAAAGGUUUGCUGAACGAUUGGGAGGUUUUGUUCCCAUGGAGAUGGUGAUUAAAGGUGCUUUUGAACUAAUCACUGAUGAGAGCAAAGCUGGUUCCUGCCUAUGGAUUACAAACCGUAGAGGGAUGGAGUACUGGCCCACCUCUACAGAAGAAGCAAAAUACUUACUUCCUUCCUCUCGUUUGAGAAAACAAUCUUCAACGGCAUUUUUUCAGAAAGUUGAUAUUCCCCAAAGUUUUGAGAAAGUAGUUGUUCAUACUUUGAGCCACAAUUUUCGUGGAGCAACUAGCAUCGUGCGCUCACCAUUGAGAUUGCCCAUCAAACCAGAUCACGUUCUCGUGAAAAUCGUAUAUGCUGGCGUAAAUGCAAGCGAUGUAAAUUUCAGUUCAGGUCAUUAUUUUGGCGGUAGCAGCAAAGAUCUUCACUCUAUGCUUCCAUUAGAUGCUGGUUUUGAGGGUGUGGGUAUAAUUGCAGCAGUUGGUGAUUCUGUCACUCACCUAAAGGUUGGAACUCCUGCUGCAAUGAUGACAUUUGGAAGUUAUGCAGAGUUUGUCACGGUUCAUUCGAAACAUAUCCUUCCUGUUGCAAGACCUGAUCCAGAAGUUGUGGCGAUGCUGACUUCAGGGCUAACAGCAUCCAUUGCUCUAGAAAAGGCAGCACAAAUGGAAUCUGGAAAGGUUGUUCUUGUCACUGCUGCUGCUGGAGGAACUGGGCAAUUUGCUGUCCAGCUUGCCAAGUUAGCUGGAAAUAAGGUCGUUGCAACAUGUGGAGGUAAGGGAAAAGCGGCACUUUUGAAAGAUUUGGGAGUUGAUCGAGUUAUAGAUUAUAAAUCUGAAGACAUUAAAACUGUUCUAAAGACGGAGUAUCCUAAAGGCGUUGAUAUCAUCUAUGAGUCAGUUGGAGGCGAUAUGUUUAGUUUGUGUUUGAAUGCAUUGGCUACCUAUGGACGACUAAUUGUGAUUGGAAUGAUCUCACAGUAUCAAGGAGAAAACGGGUGGGAGCCAUCAAAUUACCCAGGACUUUGCGAGAAAAUUCUAAAGAAGAGCCAAACUAUUGCUGGGUUCUUCCUCGUACAAUAUGCUCACCUAUGGCAGCAACAUUUGAAUACAUUAUUUAAUCUCUUCUCCUCAGGCAAGCUGAAGGUUUUGGUGGAUCCAAAAAGAUUUUUGGGCGUGCAGUCGGUCGUUGACGCGGUUGAAUAUCUGCAUUCAGGCAAAAGUGUUGGCAAGGUAUGGACAUUCUCUUCCUUUGGAACAACGUUGAGAAUGAUUGAACUUAAUCUAAAUUCUCUUGAAAAACAUUUUGGGUUAUAAUAAAAACAGGUUGUUGUAUGCAUUGACCCAACCUUCAUUGAACACAAAUCAAAGCUGUGAACCUGAAAUGCUUCUUCCACCAACCAAAGUUCUGACUUUGGAUUGUUCGUACAAGAAGGGAGAAACCAAAGCCCAAGCCUUGCUGUAAAGUCUUUAAAAACUCAAAACUUUUGCAGGAAAAACCUCUUCAAUGACCAAUAAAAUCCCAUUUAAAUAAAUAAAAAAGGUUUCAAGGUGUACUGGAAGGUACAAAGCUCAUUUAUCCUUUGGUGGCUGCUGAGAAAUCUCCAAAAGCAUGUUGUUGUAGGAAUUAUGUGAUUGUCUAUUUAAAACUAUGGUAGGAAUCGUAGUAUUGAGCAUCAUUUGUAUGCUGUCUUUUCCUUUUCAUUAUUAAUUUUUAGUUUUAAUUUAAAGAGAAUGGUUUGCAUUUUCUUAGAUCAAUAAGUUCGUUUAGGUGUC